UCAUUUAGUGAUUAGUUAUUAAAUGGAAAUAUUUGUAUAUAUGAAAUUCAAUUAAAUAAAUUGAAUUUGAAUUAUGGUUCAUUAGAUAAUUGAGUUUUAUGUCCGCAAUUGAAGUUUAUAUGUUGAUUUUGAAAAUUUGGCUAAAAUUGCACCAAAUUAAAAGUUGGGACGAUAAAUAAAAAAUUGAAAUGUUUGGACUAAAAUGCAAAAAUAUGUUAUGUUGACAUUUUAUUUUAUUCAAUUGGCCUGCAAUAUAUUAUUAUAUAUUUCAAUUUCUAACUAUAGACAAAGGCCUUGUCUAAUCCUGCAUUGAAAUGAACGAUCCCCUUUAACACAUCUUCUAGGUAUUGUCUUUGACUCUUGCUUUAUGUGUAUGCUUGAUUUUUAUGCAUUCAGUAAUCCUCUCAUUUCUCUUGAAGAUCACUGCAUCUUUGCUAAUCAAGAAGACACAAACUUGGUCGAUAAAGCCAUUUUCUUCUCUAUUUAUUUGCAUAAAUGUUUCAGAUCUAGAGAUAGAGAAAGGGUGAGAGAAAUGGAGUACUGUAUUGCAAUUGGAAGUGCUGUUGCAGGUGAAAUUGCAAAAACUUUGCUGGCUCCAAUCACUGGAUCUAUUGGCCACCUAUUUUCCUGUAAUACUGACAUAAAAAAGCUGGAAAAGGAGCUUAAGAAACUGGUUGAUAAGAAGGCAACUGAGGUGGACCCUCGUGUGCGUGAGGCUGAAAGGAACUUGGAAAUUAUUUCUGUGUCUGUAAUUUGGUGGCAAAAGGAGGUGGAUGACAUCAGUCAAAAGGGCAAAGAAUUUCUUGAAAAUGACAUCGAAGUGAUCGGCAAGUGUUUCAACGGGCACUGUCCAGAUCCAAAGUUGCGUUAUUCCUUGAGUAGGAAAGCUAAGAAGAUGACCAAAAAGGUUCUUGCUCUGCUUCAGGAAGCUGCAAAAUUCGGUGAAAUAGCCCAUCCUGGUCCUCCAGCAAAAAUAGGAUCCAUCUUUAUCACCGAAGGCAUUAGGGAUUUUGAAUCAAGGGAAUCAAUUAAGAAUGAAGUCUGGGAGGCAUUGAAGGAUGACAAGCUCACCAUGAUCAGUAUAUGUGGAACUGGCGGUGUGGGUAAAACCACCAUGGUAAAAAAGCUUGUGCAAAGAAUCGAAAGAGAGAAAUUGUUUGAUGAGGUUGUGAUGGCAGUAGUGUCCCAAACUCCUAAUAUCAAAAAGAUACAAUAUGAUAUUGCAUCUUGCUUGAGUUUGAAAUUGUGCGAUGAGAGUGAGUUAACAAGUGCAGGCAAGCUUCGUCAGAGGUUUAUAAACUGUGGUAAGAGGAUUCUCUUAAUAUUGGAUGAUGUUUGGAGUGAGUUGGAUUUUGAAAGAAUAGGACUUCCGCCUAGGGGAGAGAGAAAGGGACACACAAUUAUGUUGACUUCACGUAACAAAGAUGUAUGCAAUAAAUUGGGAAGUGAAAAGAAUUUCCCUAUGGAUGUUUUAACAAAUGAAGAAGCUUGGGAUCUUUUUGAAGAGAUCGCAAGCAUUUCCAUUGACCAGGAUUUGCAUCACACGGCAACUGAGAUUGCCAAUGAAUGUGGAGGCUUACCUAUUGCUAUUGUGACUGUUGCAAAGGCGUUAAAAAACAAAAUGAGAAACAUUUGGGAUGAUGCGCUCCAGCAGCUAAAGAAUUCUAAUCUGCAAGGUGUAUCAGGAGAUGCGUUUUCGAAAAUUGAAUUAAGUUACAAGUUUUUGGAACAUGAAGAGGCCAAGUUAUGUUUUUUGCUUUGUAGCUUGUUCCCCGAAGAUUUCAACAUUCGGGUUGAAGAUUUGGUUAGAUAUGGAAUGGGCCUACGGUUGUUUAAAAAUGUUGAUAAUGUGCACCAAGCAAGAGAUAGGGUCUAUGCGCUUAUUUAUGAACUUAAAGAAUCAUUUUUAUUGCUUGAAGGUGAUCACAAAUGGUAUGACUCGGUAAAAAUGCAUGAUAUUGUCCGUGAUGUAGCCAUAUCAAUUGCCUCCAGAGAUAAGCAAUGGUACAUGUUACAAACCGAUGCUAGAAUAAAAGAGUGGCAAGAGAAAGCUGGGUACAAAAAUUGCACUGCAAUUUCUCUUGUAUGUGAAAAAAUCAUUGAACGCCCUAAUGAUUUUGAGUGUCCGAAGCUUGAACUCUUACAACUUUCGUAUGAUUGUCAAUCACAAAGUCUUCCAAACAACAUUUUUGGAGGGAUGAAAGAACUCAAAGUUCUAGCUUUGGCUUUGGGUAUCCCAUCACUGCCACCAUCACUUGAUGUACUGAAGAAUCUUCGAACCUUGCAUCUUGAGAAGUUUGACUCAGAAGAGAUGCAUACCAUUGGCACUCUAGUGAAGCUAGAAAUACUCGAAAUUGCUACUUGUUAUUUACACGAGUUGCCUGGAGAAAUAGGACUUCUGAAAAAUCUAAGGUUGCUGGACUUGAGGGGCGUCAUUAACCUGAGAUACAUUCCACCAGGCCUAUUAUUAGGGCUGUCCAGACUAGAAGAGUUGUAUGUGACGGACAAGUUCAUGAUGAAGUGGCAAUCCAAGGAAGAUGGAAAAAAAACCAAUGCAAGCCUCAGCGAGCUAGAGACUCAUCAUAUAACUGCAUUAGAAAUUACUGUACCAAAAGCCUCCAUUUUGCCUAAAGAUUUGGUGUUUAGAAACUUAAUAAGAUUUAAAAUUUUUAUAGGCCAUAAAUUUGCAUACGGAUCAUUAAUUGACAGAGAUUCAGUGAAUGUGUUGCAUCUUGAAGGAGAUGCUAGUGAUAUCAAAGGAACUGAGAUCUGUGCUUGGUUGAUGAGGAAAGCUGAAGUCUUGAAUUUGAUAGAAGUACAGAAUUUGAAGAAAGUUCUCUAUGAGCUAGAAGAUUAUGAUUUUCCAGAUAUGAAGAGAACACCUUUUCAUGAGUGUGUUGGACAAGAAUUCUUAGUUGAUGCACUAGAGAUUGUUCCACGAUCACGUGAAAUUCAGCUUUCAUAUUUCAGGAACUUGAGAGAAGUAAAUAUACGAUCAUGUGGUAAGUUGAAGUACUUCAUUCCAGUAUCCAUGGCUAGAGGAUUGAGCCAGCUUCAUAGAAUACUCAUAGCAGGGUGUCAAGAGAUGGAGGCAGUUUUCCACAAAACUGAAGCGGAUGAUGAGAUUGAGUUUCUUGAACUUGUAGCUUUGAAGCUGGAUCACCUUCCAAAAUUCCUUGGUUUCGUCAUCAAUCCAUCAUUGACCUCCAAGGAUAUGGAACAGCCAGGUACAUCUCAAAUGGAUAAUAGGACAGAAACCAAGUAUCCUCAAAAUCAAGAAAGGACUGGACUGGUAGAAAUGAUUUCCACGUUAUUUUCAUCACUUUGUCCACGACUGCCAAAUUUGCAGGAGCUUAACUUGCAUAGUUGUGGUUUGCUAAAAAUAGUUUUCCCUCCCUCUGUAGCCCAACAGCUGGUGCAGCUUAAAAAGUUAAUUAUACGUGGAUGUCCUGAGAUGGAAUAUAUUGUUGCAGAACCACAAGAAGAAGAGAAAAACAAGAGAAUAAGCAAAAUAGUGUUUCCUAACCUAAUUUUGCUUGAUUUUCAUGAGCUGCCAAAGCUAGUGGCUUUUUGUCCCGAUAGUCAUAUUUCUUUUGACUGGCUUUCAUUAAAAGAGCUGACAUUAAUUUGUUGUCCUGAAAUGAAGACAAUUUGUGCUACAAUUCCAGGCUCAUCAGCAUUGAAUAAGAGUUUUGAUCAAAGUGACAUUAUUGGUGGCAAGAAAAUCAUGCCUCGAGGAGGCUUAUUUAAUCAAGCAUUGGUAAGAAGAGGACGAGAGCAACAAAACUUUUCCAGCAGAAAGGAUAUCUAUCAGCCAGGAACAUUUCAAAUGAACAAUGAAAACCUUCAUUCAAGUAUUGAACCAGUGGACAUGAUUUCCAUAUUCCUUCCAUCAAAUCGGCUACGAUUGCAAAAUUUGCAAAUGCUUCAUUUGGGCGGUUGUGAUUCAGUAAAAGUGAUUUUUCCUCCCUCUGUAGCCCAACAAUUGGUGCAGCUUCAAUAUUUAAAUAUUCGUAUGUGUUCUGCAAUGGAAUACAUUGUUGCAGAAACAGAAGAACAAGAAAAAAACAAGGGCACAAACAAAAUAGUGUUUCCUAACCUCUCUUUAAUUGAACUUGUAAGACUACCAAAACUGGUGGCUUUUUGCCCUGACGUUCAUGUUUCUUUUGCUUGUCCCUUGUUAAAAAGGCUGAACUUGUAUAGUUGUCCCAAUAUGAAGACGUUGUGUUUUGCAAUUCCAAGCUCAACAGUUUUGAAUGGAAGUGUUGAUCAUAUCCCCUCUAACAAUGGACUUGAUGGCAAGCCUAUACGUAGCUCAAUAGUUCGAGGGGUUCUAAGACGAGGAAGGGAGCAAAAAUAUGUUUCCAGAAACGAGGUUUUGCUAAUCAAGAACGAGGAGGAGGAUCCAUCUCUUAGCCAUAUUGAUGAGAAGAGAGAGGCAUGUUAUGCAUUUCCUUCCAAAUUGAUUGAAGGUUUUCCAAAUUUGGAAAACCUUAGAGUGGAGAAUUCAGAUACAUUGGAAGUGAUAUUUUCAUUUGAGGGGUUGAUUCUCCAGGAGUACCAUACUUCUACGGGAAUCCUCAAUUCUUUAAAAGAGUUGCAGCUAAGUAGUUUAUCGAAGUUAAUGCAUAUAUGGUUCAAGAUUCCACUGGAAGUAUCAGCCUUUCAAAACCUACAAGUGCUGAAGAUAAUCUCUUGUGACAAUUUAACAUAUCUUUUCUCACCUUACUUGGUCAAACUUUUAGUGAUGCUGCAGCAAAUAGAGGUUACUAGCUGCCAAAGGAUGAUGGAAAUUAUAGCGAAAGAGGAUGAAGAAGAAGAACAAGAAGCAAACAUGAACAAGAUUGUUUUCCCUCAACUAAGGUCUCUGAUAUUUGCAAAUUUACCCAAUCUCAAGAGUUUCUACAGUGGAACUUAUGCUCUUGAAUUGCCAAAGCUAGAGAAACUAAAAAUAAGGGAUGAGAACUAUCCAUUAAUAGGAGACCUUAAUGCAACUGUGAAAGAAGCGAUGUUGACAAGAAUACUCACCCAUUGCAAGAAAACUCUGAGAAGGAUAGAGGAUGGCCAAGAAUCAGAAGGCCAUUUAAGCAACAUACGUGUUCUGGAAGUAGAAAAAUGUGAAAAUUUGGUGAAUUUGAUUCCCUUCAAUUUUGUAGAGUGCCUCCAAAAGUUGGAAAAGCUUAUCGUGUGCAAUUGUGGUUCGUUGAUGGAGAUGUUCGAGUACCAAGGAAUGGAUACUGAGGGAGGAAAUCUUGUAACAUUCCCUUGCCUUGAAGAAGUCCAUCUGGCAGACCUACCAAAACUGAUGCACAUAUUCAACAAAAUUCCAGAAAAUUUCAUUGGCUUUCAGAAGCUGAUAAAGCUACAAUUUCAUACUUGUGGCAGUUUGAGGAACGUAUUCUCAGUUAUUGUGGCCAAGGGUCUUGUACAACUCCAAGAACUAGAUAUAAAGAGCUGCAAUAUGUUGGAGGAGAUAAUAGUUGCAGAAGAGGAUGAAAAAGAAGAUCAAUCAAACAAGGAAAAAAUUGUACUCCCUCAACUAAGGUCUUUGCGACUUCGAAAUUUACCCAAUCUUAAGAGUUUCUACAAUGGAAUUUAUGCUCUUGAAUUUCCAUUAUUAGAAAUUCUGAAUUUUUGGGUAUGUAAUGGGAUGAAGACAUUCUCUUAUGGAUCAUUAAGCAUGCCAAAGCUAAAAGAAGUUAAAAUAAAUUAUGGGUUUCAUCAAUUAACGGGAUCUCCAGACCUUAAUGCAACAAUGAGUCAAUUACUCUACAUGAAAAAAGAGGAACUUGAUGUUACUAUGGAAGAACCUGACACUAGAUGUUACUAUGGAAGAACCUGACUGCUGACACUAUAUUUAGGUGGAAUUAUAGAAGUGACUACUGAAAGGAGGUGUGAGCGACAACUUAAAGGGGAUUCAAAAUAGAUGGAUUCUUAUUGAGAAGACUGGCAAGCAUAUAGAGAGUAAUCGCUAAACCAUUGACAGUGAAGAGAGUAAACAGAGUGGUUCAGCCAUGAUUAGGCAAGAGAGUAAUGACAGUUAGGUACAUUUGAUGUCUCAUUUGCACUCAACUAUGGUGCAUAAGCAUUCUGGGCAUUACUUUUGCUGCAUAUGGUCUCUUUUAACGCGUGGCAUAAGCUAGAUGGCUCGGUAGCAACUAAGGUUGAUGAAAUAAUUAAUAUUAAGUAAUAGGUUGCUUUGAUUUACCUUUGUACUUAAUUUAAUUGAUUUAUUUGGUUAAUAAUUUAAUUUUAAUUACCAAAAUUUAG